GACGUGGCGGCCUUGCAGGAGCACCUGGAGCACGUCACCUUCUGCAGCGCUGAGCGGGAGUGCUGCCCCCACUGCCAGGGCCCCGCCGACCCGCUGCUGCUGAAGCUGCUGCGACUGGCCCAGCUCUGCACCGAGUACCUGCUGCACUCGCAGGAGUACCUCAGCGCCCAGCUCGGCAACCUGGAGGAGGCCCUGCGGACAGCCCAGGCCCAGCGCGACCAGCUGGGCAAGGAGGUGGCUCAGCGCUUGCAGGAGAUCAAGGGGCUCAAGGAGGAGUGCCGCCGAAGGAAGAAGAUGAUCAGUACCCAGCAGAUGAUGCUGGAGGCCCGAGCCAGCUAUCACCAGUGUCAGUUUUGUGAAAAGGCUUUUAUGAACUAUUCCUUUUUACAAAGUCACAUGCAAAGGCGUCAUCCAGAGGAAUCUCAGAUUGAGCAGAAGAGGAAAGCAAAGACAGACAAACUGCAGGAGGAGAUUGAUAAACUGAAGGAGCAGUUGCAGCUCACCAAGUCGCAGUUAGAGGCUGAACAACAGGCUAAUGUGGUCCGGUUUUCUAAGGAAUGUGAACAGCAAAAAUCAAAAGAAGAGGAAAUUCUACAGUCAUUUCAUAAAUGGAAAGAGGAGGAAAAAGAUAAGUUGGCUGAUGAAAUAGAAAAAGUUAAAGCAAUGUUUAUGAAAGAGCUAAAGGAGUUGUCUUCAAGAAAUUCAGCACUAGAAAAUCAACUGUUAGAAUUACGGAAGUCCAAUAUGCAACAAAAAUCCAAUUUAGGGACACUGAAAGACAGCGAAGAAUUUACAGAAGAGAAACCUCAGAGUCCUCAGGAUUAUCACAACGUGGUUAAACUUCUUGAAAAACAGGAGAGUAAGUGGUCGUCUAGAAUACAAGCCCUUCAUCAUGACCAUGAGACAGAAAAGUCCAUGCUACUGUCACAGAUUGAGAAGCUUAAAUCAUCAGUGAGAGAAGACUUGAAUAAAAAUAGCACCUUUUACAAAAGGAGGAUAGAAGAAUUGGGGCAGAGGCUCCAGGAGCAGAAUGAUCUGAUUAUCACUCAGAAGAAACAGAUAAAAGAAUUGUCCACAAGGUCAGUUGCAAGCAUUAAGCAAUAUGAUGUGAACACUACUGUAGAGCAUCUUGAAGAAUCUAAACCAAGUCAACCAGUGAUGCAUGAAAUUGAGAGAGGUGAUCAUAAAACAGGUAGAAGUAACCACUAUUUGAUAAAUGCUUUGAAGACUGAUCCUUCUUUGACUAAAGAAGUGCGAAUUGUUUUGGAGCAAGCCCUGGAGGAGAAGCUGGAAUCCUUGGGAAUUAAAGCAGGUGUUCGUGGUAUCCCAAAUGAUCACUUAAAUAAAAUUUUGCGUGCUAUCAAAUCUGCUAGAGAAUACAAACAGAAGCAAGAGCCUGACAUUCAGCGAAUCCGAGAGCUUCUUGAACGCCAAGUUAGCUUUAGGGUUGAAGAGAAAUCAUCAUCUUGUAAUAGAACUGUUUCCUGUCCUCAGCUUCCUUCAGAAGAUAAACAGAAGUUCAAUCAAUUGGGAGUUUCCUCAUCUGCCACAGCACGAAAACCAGCAAAACGGUCUUCAACAACUGUCCGCCCAGCUGAACAGAGAGCAGCCGUUCCCGAGAAUACAUCUACACCAAAAUCCAGGAAGGUUUUUGGAAAUGGAGUUUCCAGAAAGACCCCUAGUAUCACAACUCCACCAUUCAGUUCGGAGGAAGAAACAGAUGAAGAUGUUAUUAAGCAGUGUUACAUAUCACCAGAAUCAUUGCAAAAGCAGUCAAAACCAUCAAGCAGCAAAGUCAGUGCUUUUCAGAGGGUUUCUAGCAAAAGCGAUAUGGUUGGGACGGAGGAAAGUGAAAUUGAAGACACUGGAACGCCUGCGAAAACUUCAAAAG